UCUUAAUCAUACAGGACAGUGGGCCCCUUGGACCAGGGUUGAAGACUACUGUUGGAGAGGACUGUGGUUCUCCUCACCAUCUCCAGGUUCUCCUUGGCCAGGACCUUGAGCUUGUCUUCCAGGCGCUGGAGGGUCUGUGUGAGAUCAUCGUUCCUCUUGCUCAUGAGCCGGUUCUUUUCCAGCAGGGAUGGAAGCUCAGAGCAGGUCUUACCAGCUCGUUCCUCUCGUCCACCAGCAGGGAGUUGCGGUCCUCCAGUUUGCGGAUGGUGGAGUUCAGAGCAUCCCACUAUUUAAACCUCCAUGAAAAGUUGACAGAGAAACAGGACUUGGACAGCGAGCAGCAUCAACAGUGUUGCCUGCCUUAGUGGUGGUCAGAAUAUCAGGUCUCCGAGACCGCCAAAGUUUCAAAGCUCAAUAUACUUUCACAUCGAAGGAGACUUGCGCACCUGACAGAUCAUCAGUCAUUAUGACCUGCAGCGGCGUGAACUUGAAGCAAUUACCUGAUGGAUCAAUCAAGCAACGCAAAGAGCUGGAGGAACGGGGUAACUGGGGAAGUAAAACAGAGUUUAUUUUAACGGUAAUGGGAGCAAUCAUCGGACCUGGGAACGUGUGGAGGUUUCCAUACUUGUGUUACAAAAACGGCGGGGGUGUAUUCUUUAUUCCAUAUCUCUUGUUUUUGGUGACCUGCGGAAUACCUCUGUUCUUUUUGGAGACUGCGCUGGGCCAGUACACCAGCCAGGGAGGAAUCACGUGUUGGAGGCAGAUAUGUCCGCUAUUCGAGGGUAUGGGCUACGCCAGUCAUCUGAUCAUAGCGUUCAGCGCCACUUCUUACGUUGUCAUCAUGGCAUGGGCUUUUUUCUACCUGUUCUCCUCCUUCAGUUUUGAGCUGCCAUGGGCUAGCUGUGGAAACAGCUGGAACACAGAGUCAUGCAUGGACUUCAGCAAAAUGGAUCCCAGCAGCAACGUGAGUGUGUCCCGGCUGAAUGCAACACUGCCUGUGAUGGAGUUUUGGCAGCGCAGAGUCCUAAAGAUCUCGAGUGGCAUGGAAGAGGUGGGCAGCAUCAGAUGGGAGUUGGCCCUCUGCCUUCUCCUCACCUGGGUCAUCUGCUAUUUCUGUGUCUGGAAAGGAAUCAAGUCCACUGGAAAGGCUGCUUACUUCACAGCCACCUUCCCGUACGUCAUGCUGCUCGUUCUGCUGGUGCGCGGAGUCACUCUGCCGGGAGCCAUCAACGGGAUCGUCUACUAUCUCUAUCCCGACUUUGCACGUCUCUCUGACCCUCAGGUGUGGAUGGACGCAGGCACACAGAUUUUUUACUCCUAUGCCAUCAGUCUGGGUUUUCUCACCUCUCUGGGCAGCUACAACCACUACAACAACGACUGCUACAAAGAUUGUUUUUACUUGUGCCUGCUGAACAGUGGCACCAGUAUCAUCUCUGGAUUUGCCAUUUUCUCUGUGCUGGGCUUCAUGACUUAUGAGCAGGGAGUGGAAAUCGCUGAGGUGGCCGAGUCGGGUCCUGGGCUAGCAUUUAUCGUGUAUCCCCGUGCUGUGGCCAUGAUGCCCGUGCCCCAGAUAUGGUCUGUUUGUUUCUUCAUCAUGAUCAUUCUUCUGGGUUUGGACAGCCAGUUUGUGGGUCUGGAGUGUCUGAUGACGUCGGUGGUGGACCUGUUCCCCGGCACGCUGCGGCGGGGCUUCAGGAGGGAGCUGCUGCUGCUGCUGAUCUGCUCCGUGUGCUGCGUCCUGGGCCUCAGCCUGGUCACGGAGGGGGGCAUGUACCUGCUUCAGUUGGUGGAUCAUCACGUGUGCAGUGGGCCCACACUGCUCCUGCUCUCCAUCUGCCAGUCUGUCAGCAUCGCCUGGGUCUACGGAGCUGACCGUUUCUACGGCAACAUCAGCGACAUGAUUGGCUACAAACCCUUGCCUUUGAUGAAGUACUGUUGGCUGUACAUCACUCCUACAGUGUGUGUUGGCACCUUCAUAUUCUCCAUAGUCAAACAUUCCCCACUCAAGUUCAGCAACACGUACGUCUACCCUGUGUGGGCCAACAUUAUCGGCUGGUUCCUGGCCACCAUCUCACUCUCCCUCAUCCCCCUAUGGAUGGUCUACAAGAUGGCCAAAGGCAAAGGGACUCUUCGGCAGCGUUUCCUGCUCCUCUGUCGCCCCGUGAACGACCUGUCGUUCAACCAAACGCGCAAACCUGACUUACCUCUGUUGGGGGCUAACAGUUUGAGCACCCCUACUGAGCUGACGUCCCCCUGUCCACAUCAGGGGGACACAGACUUCAGGGAAGAGGAAUCCAUCUUUGACUCUGAAGCGAUCAACACCGUACAUCCCUGA